CAGGAUCCCUCGGUGACACAGCUCACAAACGCUAGCCAAAGUGGCUUGGAUGAAUUCAACCCCUUUUCUGAGAGCUCGCAGCUGACAAAUGCGGCACGGACGACACCAGCCACGCAGCCCUCUGGCCACUCGCAGCCUGCUGUUCUGCAGACGUCCGUGGAGCCCACUCCCCAGGCUGUGGCUGCGGCAGCACAGGCUGGGCUCCUUCAGCAGCAGGCAGAAUUAGAGAGGAAGGCAGCUGAGUUGGAGAAGAAGGAAAGGGAAUUGCAGAGUAACGCAGCCAGCAUUAAUCCGAGGCAAAACAACUGGCCACCUCUUCCCAGGAAGUGUCCGAUCAAGCCGUGUUUUUAUCAGGAUUUUUCUGCAGACAUCCCAGCUGACUACCAGAGGAUAUGCAAGAUGCUGUAUUACUUGUGGAUGUUGCAUUCGAUUACCCUGCUCCUAAACCUGCUUGCUUGCCUGGCGUGGUUCACAGUUCAGACAGAAAGAGGAGUAGAUUUUGGUCUCUCGAUCCUGUGGUUUAUUUUAUUCACCCCUUGUGCCUUUCUCUGUUGGUACCGACCAAUUUACAAGGCUUUCAGGUCUGACAGCUCCUUCAGCUUCUUCGUCUUCUUUUUCAUCUUCUUCUGCCAGAUAGCAAUCUACAUCAUCCAGCAAAGCUGGGGAGACAGCGGAUGGAUUGCGGCGCUGUCUGAGCUGCACGGGAACCUGGCUGUGGCUAUUAUCAUGAUGGUGGUGGCAGGAUUCUUCACGCUGUGUGCGGUUCUCUCGCUCUUCCUCCUGAAGCAGGUGCAUUCCCUGUAUCGGCGCACAGGAGCCAGUUUCCAGAGGGCCCAGGAAGAGUUUUCCCAAGGCAUCCUCACCAACAGGGGCUUCCAGAACGCAGCUGCUGGGGUGGCCUCCUCAGCCGCACAGAAUGCUUUCCGGGGAAGAGCCAGUUUCCAGAGGGCCCAGGAAGAGUUUUCCCAAGGCAUCCUCACCAACAGGGGCUUCCAGAACGCAGCUGCUGGGGUGGCCUCCUCAGCCGCACAGAAUGCUUUCCGGGGAAACUAG